GGUCACGUGAACUGCGCAGGGAUGUCAUCUGCUGUGGGUGUCUCCGCUGGAAGUCGACAAUGCCAACGCAAAUCGAGGAAAAAUCAACCCUUCACAAGAAGAAUAAUAACCAGAAGUCAGUGCCGCUCUUCCCAGAACUUCUUUGAAGGACUUCCUUCAGAAGUGUUUGAUUUGAUUUUAAGCUAUCUGUCAGUGGUCGACAUUAGUAUACUCAGUAUGGCUUCCAAAGCCAUCAGCAACUGCGUUGUAAGCCAUGUGUCCACCUUGUCUUGGAAGAACAGAAGAGUUUUAUGGAAAUUUCACCCUUCCAGCUGUGCAAAAGAUGACGUCUCUGCCUUCAAUCACUACAGAUCUCUCGGGUUGCUGUUCAAGAGAUGCACCCUUUUGUUGCCCACAAAGGACAGACUGAAAUUCAUGAAUAACAGGUUAUCUCAGGUCCCUUGCUUUACCUUGGAUCAGUGCACAUCGACAUCUGAAUGUCUGGGCUUUGCAUGUUAUGGAACGCUGUUACAGACAUUGAUUGCUGGAUGGGAUGAACUAGAGUGCCACCGUGUGUUCAACUUCCUGUGUGAAAUUACCAACUUGACUCGGAAAAUAGAGACAACUGUAACAAGUAAGCCAGGGUCUUCUCCUCGCCUGGAGCAACAGAUCCGUUGCUUCUGCCGGAGUGUGCUGUUGGACCCGCGCCAGAGCCGGCAGGACUCUCUCUUCUGGCUCACGUGCAUCCUGAAGCCCUGGCCCAUGGUCAGCCAAGCCCGGCUGCUCUUCAUCCUCUACGGGCCGCUCCAGGACGAUGGAAAACUGGGGUGGCAAGAUGUGUGUGUGGGAGCUGUGCCUCAGUGCAGCCUGUGGGACUUGGCCAAAGCCAUCACCUUACUGUAUGGGAAGGCAGAUGCGAAGGAGUGGACCACAGACACUGUGCUCGGCAUUGUGGAUGAGAUGGCAGUGUUACCGGCGCCAUGGUACUUAGAGAACAUGGCGCGCCUGCUCAUCCUGUGUGGAAACAACAUCUGUUACAGCGUGCUCGCCAGCAAAGCCAUCAACGGAAGACUCUUUGACAUUUCUCAGCUUUUCGUUUUCAUCAUCCUGGUGUCUGAAAAGGACGGCUACUGUAUGAGUUGGUCGGUGAAGAUGAUGCAACAGCUGUGCAACGUGUUCCCAGGGGCUUCGGAGAAGUGGCUGUUCCUUCAGAGUAUGGAAAACAUGCUGUCUGAGGUCUCCAUGGAGAUGUAUGAGCUCAUCAUGUCAGGUAAUCGCGACGAAAAUCAGGACACGUCCCAGAACCUGUGCAGUCUGCUGAAUGCCUGUGCACACUUCCACACCGAGAUCCUCUACAUGUUCCUCAAACAGGGCUGAAAAGCACCUCCACACCCUGUUAUACAAGACACAGGAAACAGGAAUUGUGGGUUUGUCAUGGCACUCAUGUGCUCUUUAGGAUGAAAUGAUUAACUUCAACUUUUGUGUACAUUACGUGACGCUAAGUGGAAGUAGAAAUUGGCUUCACUGUAGCUAUUCAUUUCCAUGAAAAGGAAAGCUAUACGAUAUUUCAAU